AUGGAGAAAACACAAAAAACUAAAAAAGACGAUAAGGAGGUGAAUGUGGACGAAAACAGUUCGCGUGUAGUAGUGAAGGGGACGAGAACUCGGUCGCAAUUUAAACGACCGGCUACACCAUCGGGAGUACUGGUGAGUGACAGCGGCGAGUCAGAUUGCUCGCAAACGUCACUGAUGUCGCAGUUUUCAACAGCGUCAACAACGACACGGGCACGUAAAAGAACCCGGAAGGAUGCCAAAUCUGCGCAACCUGCAACAGAGAUGUUGCCAGACUCGGCAGACUCAGGCAGAGAGGCAUUGGAGAAACUGGCAAAGGAGAACGCGGACUUGCGAGCUCAGAUUGCUAGCCUUACGGAAAUAGUAUCGGGACUGAAAAAUCAGCUGAACCUAAUAACUACCCAACAACAAGGAGGGAAUCCAAAGUUACAGGUUUCCACCCUAUCAGUUCCAGAUGGUCUGUCACCAGACGUGGAGGCUCAGCUUCGACGUUCAAUUGCCAUCGAGAUUGGAGGGAUGAUGGAUGCAAAGCUGGCCGCUCUGGAGAGUAGAUUGUUGCCAGAGAAGACGAUCCGUCCGGCUCUCGCCUCAGACACGAGACGAUUGGUGGUUUCUCAACCAAUACAGGAAGAGCCGACGACCAAGGCAAAAACAAUAGGGAAGAAAAAGAAGAAGGGAAAACAGAAGGGAAAAGCAGUUACUCCAGCAGUGGAAGAACUGCCAGCUGUAUCCACUUCAUCUGGACGGGACAGGCACCAGGAGGUAGCAGCCUCUCAGACAACCAACACUUGGUCCUUGGUGGUGGGACGUAAGGCCAAAAAGUCGAGCGCCCUACAACCGGUUGUUUCAUCUGCUCCGGUAACACAGACCCGAGUGCCACAGAAAAAACGGCCGGUUAAGCUGCCGAAAGUUCCCACUUCUGCAGCGAUUACCAUAUGUUUAAAGGAAGGAGCGACCGUUGGCCUUGGGGAUGCCUUAUCUGCAGCGAAGAGGCAAAUCAACAUUGCGGAAUUUGGCAUCACUGCAGAUUUGCUUCGUGAAAAACGUGCCGUUGAUGGCGGAAUCGUGAUCAUGGUUUCGGGUGAGAAUUGUAACGCAAAGGCUGAUGCUCUUGCUAGUCGCAUGCGGGAGGUCCUCACUAACUAUAAUGUCACAAUUGGUCGUCCAACCAAAAUGGCAGAAGCAAGAGUAAUGGAUCUAGACGACUCUGUUACACCAGAAGAAGUGGUAACUGCUAUUGCCAGGGCGGGUGUAUGUUCUACCUCAGAUGUUAAGGUUGGAGAAAUUCGGCGUCCCCCGACUUCUCUGGGGCAUGUGUGGAUUCGUGCCCCGCUGGUUGCUUUAAAGAAACUUGCGUCUGAAAAACGCAUGCUGCUAGGGUGGACAUCAGUGAGGGUAGAGGUAUUAGAGCCACGUCGCUUGAUGUGCUACCGCUGCUUUGAGCCAGGACAUGUCAGGCGUAAGUGCACUAGUGCUACGGACCGGAGCGCACAGUGUUACGCAUGCGGGGGUGCCCACAAAGCUCGUGAGUGCACAUCGCCAACUCUACGGUGCCCAGUAUGCUCGGACCAGGGUCGUCCAGCUAAUCAUCGUCUUGGGAGCCAGGCGUGUAACCCUCAAAAGAAAAAGGGAGCCAACAAGAACCCAACACAGGCGUCGUCGGCUGCACUACCCGGUGCAAGUCCCAUAGAGGCAAUGGAUACUUCACAUUCCCAGCCUUAA